AUGGAGUCAGUGGGAGUGAAUGUGAUCAAAACAGUGGCUCUUGGGAGACCCUUCCAGCUCGGCAUGCUGUAUGACUGCAGAAAGGACGCCUUCAUACCAGGGAUCAGACUUUGGGAUAAAGAACAGCUGAAGCAAAAUACAAGCACUAGUACACAGAUUAACACAGGAUUCAAUAUCACAGCUUCAGACUCUAUUCAGGACAAAUCUAAAUUAAUGAAUGUUGACGGUGGACUCAAACUGAGUCUUUUAGGUGAUCUCAUCCAAGUUAGUGGAGCAGCGAAAUAUCUCACAGACACCAAGACGUCUUUCCUACAGCAGAGACUGACACUGCAUUAUCAUUCAACCAGCAGAGAAGUUUCAUCUGAUGAGGACAAAACCAAAGUAGAAGGAGAAGUAAGACUGGUCCUUGAGAAACUGCAGGGCAUCAUUGCAGUAGAUGCGAACGUUGAUUUCAGCAUGAAUGACAAUCAGAAAUCUGCAGUCAGCAACUUCACUUGUACAUUUUAUGGCGACUUCCAGUUACCGUCUAACCCGACCUCUUUUGAAGAUGCAAUGAAGGUUUUUGCUGAUCUUCCAAAACUGAUGAAAGAAAAUCAAAAACUCCUGGGAGAGAAGGAAGACCUUGGGGUUCCUCUGAGAGUUUGGCUUUAUCCUCUGGAUAAACUUCACUCAAGAGCUUCAAAACUUCAGAAAAACAUCAGCAUGGAUCUAAUCAUGAAGAUUGAAUCAGUGAUUGAGAGUUUAAAUACUGCUGAGAUGAAAUGCAGUGACCUUCUGAAAGACUCUCCUGCUCUGAUGUUUGCUGCAUUUCAUGAUAAAAUACUGGAAAUGAAGGAGAACUGCUACACAUAUAAGUUGAGGCUCAUGAGUAAACUUGGCUCUUUGCUGCCAAACAUCCGUGGGAAUGUGAUAAAGGAAACUGCGCUGAAUGAACUUCUAAAAGAGCAUGAUGAAUCUCCAUUCAGAGGAAGUGACCUCACAGAAUGGCUGAAAGAGAGAGAAAGAGAGUCUGAGAUCAUUAAAACAGUCCUCAGACAGCUGAAGGAUGCUGGUGCACAGGUAGAAGUCAACAUAGAUGCCAUCUUGAUGGAUCUGGAGAUUGGAAAUCUGGUCAGUUACACGUUCACAUCAUUGAACUGCUCAGACAGGCUCCUUCUUAAACAAAAGGCCAAUCUGAAUCCUUCAACAAAAGAAGAAACUGAUGAGAAACAUCCUGAUUUCAAGCAGAAGUCUUGGCUCAGUACUGAAAUUAAGAAGACUAUGAGGAGAAACUUGAUGAUUUUUAAGAAUUUGAUAGAUUCAAAAGACCGUGAACCAGCCAAGUUUAUUGUGUCAUCAAAGGAAAUGGUGAAUAAUCCUGGUUCCUGCAUUCUUCUGUAUGAAAGUGAAUGUGGUGAAGGUGUUUGCUUUACUCCUCCAUCCAAACCAGCCUAUCCAGUCAUUGAAGAGGUCAAAGUUUUCACGGUGGAAUUGAAGAAUUGA